AUGUACCCAUGUGUUCUGAGACAUAUCCGUCUUGCCCCCAGCGGUUUCAAAGAUGAAUUUUCUCAUACAUAUCUCUACAUUGGUGUUCCAAUCGGUCUGCGUGCUUGCUACAGUCCUUUGAUAUCUGUAGACUCGCCACCUGAGUCCCGAGCUUGGUAUAACAAGGCCUUCUUCAGCAUCAGACCCCAAGACAAUUUGUUCAGAGGAGGAGCGGCUCUAUCAUUAGCACAGAAGCUCGAAGAAUUUCUUCUUACUGAGGGCGAAAACCCCAACGAAUGGGGAUAUUGUUAUUUCUUGACUCUGCCAAGCGCCAAUGGCCAGUCAUUCAACCCUUUAUCCUUCUACUAUCUGUACACACCCGAAAAGAAGCUCGGUGCAAUGAUUAUUCAGCUGGACACUUCCUACGUGACUCGAAGGCUGUGGUUUGCACGCAAUUGCCGAGAAGAGGGAUCAAAAAGUGGUCCCUUCACUUUCCGAUGCAAAUUCGAGAAAGACUUACAAAUCUCACCUUUCAUGCCUGUAUCCGGGGCCAACUAUGUUAUUGAUAGUUCUGAUCCUUUAGCCAGUCCCAAUAAUCAUGCCAAUCUCCUGAUAAACUUGAGAAACGGCAACGAGAGUUUCAUGCUCGGUCGAGUCACCACGAUAUCAGAGCCCCUGGUUGUUGAAGAGGCGAGUUUUGGCUCCAGAUUACUUUUCCUCGCAAAGUGGUGGUAUAUUCCAACAGGUGGCUUUAUAGCCUUCAGGAUUCUCAGAGAAGCUGCUAGGAUUUACCUCAAGCAACCUAAAGAAAAUCUUAACAUCCAAACACGAACGGAGCAGUCAACAACAUCAAUCGCAAGAUACGCCAGCAAAUCUGAAAUGUAA